CCCAAAUUUCUACCUAGUGCCAAGGGCAGACCCGGAGCCGGAAGUGCUUGCCUUUUCCCUGUCAGGACCCAGAGGUUACCUCCCAUCAGCCCCCGCGCGCUCUCAUCCCCUCUUCCUCGGUGCUCCUUUUUCCUGCUCGGUGAGUUUGUUUGUUUGUUUGUUUUUGAGACAGAGUCUCACUCUGCUUCCCAGGCUGGAGUGCAGUGGUGCGAUCUCAGCUUACUGCAGCCUCCGCUUCCCGGGUUCAAGAGAUUCUCCUGCCUCAGCCUGCCAAGUAGCUGGGACUACAGGCGCCCACCACCACGCCUGGCUAAUUUUUGAAUUUUUAGUAGAGAGUGGGUUUCACUAUGUUGGCCAGGCUGGUCUCGAACGCCUGACCUCAAGUGAUCCGUCCGCCUCGGCCUUUCAAAGCGCUGGGAUUACAGGCGUGAGCCACCGCGCCCGGCCUGGGUGAGUCUUAAUCCGUGGCCAUCUGCGUUCCUGCAGGCUUCAUCUGGCCCUAUGGUCCCCUGGCACCAUGGCCGCCCUCAGACCCCUUUUGAAGCCCAAAAUCGUCAAAAAGAGAACCGAGAAGUUCAUCCGGCACCAGUCAGACCGAUAUGUCAAAAUUAAGGCACGAAGAGAGAUGGAGGCAAAUGGUGUCCACUAGUCCAGUUGCACUUGCUCGCGAACCACGAGCCCGGCUAAUUUUUUGUAUUUUUAGUAGAGACAGAGUUUCACCAUGUUAGCCAGGAUGGUCUUGAUCUCCUGACCUCGUAGAUCUGCCCACUUGGCCUCCCAAAGUGCUGGGAUUACAGGCGUGAGCCACCACACCCGGCCUGCUUUUUUUUUUUUUUUUUUAAGAGACAAGAAUCUUGCUAUGUUGCCCAGGCCAGUCUCAAACUCCUGGGCUCAAGCGAUCCUCCCAGCUCGAUCUCCCAAACAUUUAAAUGUUUUUAAUACAUUAAACAAGAAUUGCGUGUCUUGAGUAUUGUUACAAAAUUCAAAUAAUUAUUUGAUCUAUAGAAUAAAAUAUACUACCAUUAGGUGACAGGUUUAGAUUAACCCUUUGAUUCCGAAUCCCAUGCACUUUCUUCCCACCUCUAUCUACUUCCUGGGAGAGACUCUAAGCUUCUACUAUGAGUUUGGCAUCAGCUGGGAUUUUAAUCCUGUUCCUGAGCCCCUCUGUGUGGAACACUUGCCAGGACAGAGACUGCAGGAACCCCAGAGUCCUUGCUCCUCAAACACUUUAGGAUUUCAAGGAGGAGGAGUCCCCCCAUUGAUGCUUCAUUCUUAUACGUCUCCACAUUCCCCAAGCCUUUUUAUUACAGGAAGCCUCAGAAUUAACCCUCCCCGUCGUAAACACAAGGACUGCCAGGCUGGGCCUCCUUCUACAGUAAGCCCCACACCUAAUUCUGGGAGGACUCCGAGAAACGAGGAGACUCUAGACAAAUUGGGGCAAUUUCCCUCCAGCUUUCUCAACUGAAGUCUACUAUUCCACUUCAGAUAAUGUGGCUGAAAAUAGGUAGUUCCAUUUCCAUGUGGAUAAUCUCUCCCAUUACUUACACCAACCAUGGCUUCUGGGUGGUGGAGCAACACAGACUAUAGAAUGAAGGAGAAACAAGGGGCUUCCUCAGGGACCCUGCCUCAGGGUGGAGACGUGGCUUCCUUCUUAGGAGGAGGACCAGGAGGGUGUGCAUUGCGAGGUGGAGAAAGAUAAACUCAGCCAUUGAGGGGCAGGGCGAUCCCCAUUUGGCCUGGUAGGACCCACUAAUUGCAAUAGGUUCUUGUUGCUUCUGAACUCCUUUGCAAGGAAACAAGUCAAGGUGUUUGUUGAAGUAAGCAUAAAAUAUCACAUGAGGCAAAAUCAUGGCUUCAGAAUCCCUUUGACCAUGAAUACUGUGUGACACACUUUGUUUUAAUAGAAUUUGAUUGCUCUGUAGGUGUCAAAAUUUUUCCCCACAAAACAAAAAUAAGUGAGACUGUUCAAUUUAAAAAAAUAUCACUUUCCCCAGAAGAAACAUGUUUCUCAUAGUAAGAUUCUCCAAGAACCUUCGCUGUCUAGAACAGUUUCCCAGUGGUGCCUGAAGAGACAUCUGUUGGGAGGGAUUAAAUGUUCAAAUGAGUGACACCAAGACCAAGAGCUCUAGGAGUUCUGAGACAGCCACCCAUGGACUCCAUGGGAAAAGGCAGGGCUCAGGGCCCUUGGCUGGACCUGAAGAGGGAGGAGUACAGAGGGGCUGAGGGAAGUCACAAGAGUGUCCAGGCCAUGUGUGGAUGGGAGGGGGAGGAUGGAUUCCAGGGUUUUAAAGUUCAGAAGAGUCAGCAUGCCAUCAUCACCUGAAUCCAGCCACAGCCAUCUGCACAGUGAUUUCUGUGCUCCAUCUAAGUGAGAGUGAAUCCUACCCAUGGCUGGUCACUGCCAGGGCAAGAACUGAGGCCUCCUCAUUCCUUGUCAUCCCAGAGCUCAGCCCUGGGCAGCCCAUCUUAGUCCUCCCAGAGGUUCUGAUAAGCACAUCGCUGGGCUGGGAUCUAGCUCAGGCAUAGAAGGGUUUCAUCCUCACCCUGUCUAGACUGUUGGGCCCCACACUAAUCCAGGUGCUUUCUCGGGCUCUGAUCCAGGGUCAGAGGAGAUGAGCGUGGGCUCCUGAAGACAGUAAGUUGUCCCCAUCCCCUCUGUCCCUGCUGCUGUGAUCCUGUCUGGACAGGGUUUGCUGGUUCGUGCUUUUCACCUCUGUGUACAAGUGCAGCCCCUGCUGGGAACCCUCGACCUGGAUGCUGUCCUCCCCGUUGCAGCAUCCCCAGGCCUCACAGAGUGCCUGGCCCCUGUACCUGUGCCCAGGAAGCUCCCAUAAGUGGAUGAUUGGAUCAGAGCAGACACCUACUCUGCAAGGAAAUACCAGGGUAGAAGAAUCAUGUCUUCUUCAACUUUAUAUCUCUGAAGCUGGGCUCUUCUGUGUGGCAGCCACUAUCCGGAGGUGCUGCUUAUAACUAACUUAAUUAAUCCAUUCAAUUAAUUAGAGUGCAACGAAACACUCUGUUCAACAGCCACAUUUCAUGUGUCCCUAGGAGUUAUUUGCCACUGACCAUAGCACUCAACUGCACAGAGAGCAUUUCCCUCUGCACAGAACACUUGGGUAGCAGUUCUGGGCCCAGCCCAGGUCUGUUGAAUGAGCUCAUCUACCUCACAAUGUUUCCAUCACAGUUAGAAUUCCAGGUAGAUAAGUCUGUAGCUGAGAGCUGUAACAGUGCAGCAAAAAUGGGGAAGCGAGAGGAGGAAAGGAGACCUUCUCACUUAAUGGUUUACAAUUGUCAGCAACGCCUCAUUGAUGGCCUCGAACUCCAUAGAGCCCAGGGAGGGUAAGAGAGCCCAGAGGACAGAGAAGGGUGAUCUUGUGUCAUCUAAUGUGACCUCAGUGGAGUAGGAGGGAUGGAUGAGUCACUCUCUGGAAUACACUUCUUGCUGAUGUUUGUGGCCCCUGGACACCAUGCGACGCACGCAGCAGUGAGGAUGAAGACGGGAGGGUUCACCAUUCACCCUGGUGACAGGUGGGUGCUGGAGACCGGCCGCCUGUGUGAAAUCACCAUCAAAGUUUUUGACAAGUUCAGCAACAAGGUCUAUCCAUCUGACAACUUCCGAAUUGAAACUGUGCGUCCUGCUGAGUUCUUUGAGGUGCUCUCAUCCUCCCAGAAUUGGUCAUACCAUCGCGUUGGGGCACUAAAGAGGGGACAGACGGCGAUUGAAGUGGCCCUCACCUUUGUGGUGGACCAGAAGCCCAUCAGCCUUAGGGAGCAGAGCUUUGCUGAUCGGAAAAUCGGCCUGGGUGUUCCCAUUUUCCUAACCCGCACAGAAGGCCUCCUGGUCUGGAAGGGGCAGCAGGCUGCAACAGGAAGAAAUGCCCAUGCACCGACAGUGACUCCUGCCAGAGUCGGCCUCCUCAGCUCUGGGGGCUGGGCGGGCUGCUUUAGAUCUCAAGCCUCAGUUUCCCCAUCUAUAAAGUGGGGGGGACACCACGUCCAUCCUGCCGGGGUGCCCUGAGGAUUCAGUCAGGCAGCACUUCCAGGAGUGACUGUAGCAGAGCCAUGGAAAGCCAUCCCCGUGGAGAACAAGAGGGUGGCAGGGUGUCUGGAACCUUCCUCUCCACUCUCCCACAAAAUCCACCUUUGUGGCCUGAUUCCCAGGGAGGGGUGGGGAUCCGGUGACUGGGAAAGAGUGCUGACGACAUGGUUGUUCAUAGUGAUGUGUGGCACCCUCACCCCUUGUAGGAUGGAGGGGUCCAUACACUAUGGGUGCCUGUGUGGAACCAGCAGGAGGUGGAAAUUCACAUCCCCAACACUCUGUAUCCCAACAUCUUGAUGUUUCCGUGGCAACCAAAGACGAGUACUUAUCAGUACACAAUAAAGCUAUGUGAGACCCCCA